AUGUCGUCUGCUCUUUGCAUAUAUUUCGGCAGUAUAUUAAAUCUAUUCUUCUCCAUCCUUGCGUUAUCCAUACCUCUCUCUCUCUCUCUCUCUCUCCCUCUCUCAGUUUAUAUUCUUAGUCUCCAGGAUGUCUCUCUUAUAACUCCUCCUCUCUCUAUCUCUAUCUCUACCCCUGCCUCUCUCUCUCACUCUCUCCUGCUCUCUCUCUCUCUCUCAGUUUAUAUUCUUAGUCUCCAGGAUGUCUUUCUUAUAACUCCCCCUCUCUCUAUCUCUAUCUCUGUCAUAUUGUUUCUUUGUUUCUUAAUUUCUUUCCUAAUUAAUCCAUUCUUUCUUUCUUUCUUUCUUUCUUUUUCCUUUCUUUCUUUCUUUCUUUAUUUCUUUCUUUCUUUCUUUCUUUCUUUUAUGACACCUCCUUUCUUUCUUUCUUUCUUUCUUUCUUUCUUUCUUUCUUUCUUUCUUUCUUUAAUGACGUCCUAUUUUAUACCUCAUUUUUUUUCUUUCUUUCUUUUUAAUUUCUUUCUUUAUUUUCUUUCUUUUCCUUUUUUUUUUGUUCUUGCCUUCUUUUUUGCCGUAGUAUGUUUUUUUCUUUCUUUCUUUUUUUCUUUCUUUCUUUCUUUCUUUCUUUCUUUCUUUCUUUCUUUUAUGACACCUCUUUUCUUUCUUUCUUUCUUUCUUUCUUUCUUUCUUUCUUUCUUUCUAUAUUAUUUAAUCCCAUGGAUGUGCUCUUUCUUUUCCAAAUACACGAAGCUGUGGAUUUUUGGGUCCCGCCUGAAUGUACCUGCUCACUCAAUGUUUAAUACUUAUCUAUCUAUUAAUCUAUCUAUUAAUCUUAAUUUAUUUUGCCUUGCUUUUCUUUCUUUCUUUCUUUCUUUCUUUCUUUCUUUCUUUCUUUCUUUCUUUAAUCCCAUGACUGUGCUCUUUCUUUUCCAAUCAAGAUUAUUAUUAUUAUUACAGAAUUCUAUCCGCGUGAACUGUUUCAAACAAUAUCUAUCUAUCUAUCUAUCUAUCUAUCUAUCUAUCUAUCUCGAUUUGUUUACCUCGAUACAUCUAUUGCAUUCAGUUCAUCAUACUUCUUUUCUUUCUUCUUUCUUUCUCUCAACCUGUUCCUUAUCUAUCUAUCUAUCUAUCUAUAUCUAUCUAUCUAUCUAUCUAUCUAUUGAUCCUUCUUUCUUUUUCUUAUUGAUUCUUUCUUUCUUGCUUUCUUUCUUUCUCUAA